AUGUCAGGUGGCGGCAGAUCGUCGCUGGCGCUGGUGGCCUUCUUGUCGGUGCUGAUGCUUCACAUGGCGGCGGGCAUCUCCGGCGCUGGUGGCAAGCGGCCGGUGCCGACUGCCGCAAGGCCCUGGCCCCCGGCUCCGCAUGCGGUGGUCGUAUCACCGCAGAAGCCGGACGAGUGCCGCCGAGGACGAGGAGCGGCGGAGUGCUACACCAGCAUCGGAAAAGCUCUGGCCGAAGCUGGGCGUCUUGUCCCCAAGGUGAAGCACCGGUUUGUCCUGCUGAUCAAGACCGGAGAGUACAGAGAACAGGUGAACAUCACCCGACGGAACGUCGUCCUGCUCGGCGAGGGCAGAGGAAACACUAUCAUCACGGGCAACCUCAGCAACCUAACGGGGACGGGGAUGUACAUGACGGCCACAGUGACCGACGGCUUCCUCGCUCAAAAUCUUACAAUCCGUAACGAGGCCGGGCCGAGGGGAAAGCAGGCGGUAGCGCUCAGAUCGAAUUCCAACCGGACCGUCGUAUUUGGAUGCAGCAUAGAGGGAUAUGAAGAUACACUCUACGCUGAGAACGGCGCUCAGGUGUACCUGGACACCGACAUCUACGGGACCGUAGAUUUCGUGUUCGGGAACGCGAGAGCAGUGUUCCAGCGCUGCCGCAUCCGGGUGCGGGAGCCCCUCCCCGGCAAGCACAACGUCAUCAGUGCGCAGGGGUGCAAGGUGCAACAACAAGACUCGGAGCUGGGAGCCGUCGUCCACGCCGACGGAUGGGUGCCGUGGGACAAGAACCACGUCAUCAAGGAGACGACCGAGAGCGUCAAGUACCUCGAAUUCAACAACACGGGUCCCGGAGCCGACACGUCCAGACGCGUGAACUGGACUGGCGUCCAGGUCAUCCACGACGCAGCCCAGGUGGCAAAGUAUAGCAUCGACGGGGCUUAUAAGCCGAGCGAACAGGCACACGUGGAAAAGAGUGGAUUCCCCAGCAGAUCCCGUACGACCACGAGGUCCCCCGCGGGGUCGUCGGGGUCGGGGUCUAGCCUGCCUGCAGCAUCAGCCUCGAUCGUCGUCGUCGAUCGUCAUCCAUUGGCUUCACUGCCUGCCUGCUACUAUCUUUCAGCUUGCUUGCUUCUCUAG